AUGGCGCUUGUACCGCUGGCAGUGGACGAUCUGGAUCGAUUGCUGGUCGUCAAUGGAGCUCCAACAGGAGAACAAUCUGCCACAUACUGGGGACGAACCCAAUGGGAGCGUUACGGUCGGAUCUUUGAAUCUGUGGUAGUGACAAUUUUGGGUGUCAUCUUCAGCUAUUCUUUGUCUUUUGCCAUGGGAUCAUUCGCUGCGACCGUUUUGGGAUCCAUCUUUUUAUUUUGGUCCAUCUUUUCACCGCAGCUGCAAGCGUACCAACGGAAUUGGGAGCUUCGAGGAGGAAGAGAUUUGGUAGAUCCGUGGAUCGCAAACAUUGACACUGAAAGCGCAUUUGAUAGUGACGAUGAUGACGACGAAAGCAGCCGCCUGGGGCUUUUUGGUGCACUCUUCUUGGGCAGAAUAGGGGAUGUCUGUGUCGUCGAAGAAGCAUCCUCACCCAGCGAAGACGAGUUCGACUUGGAAGAUUUUGCUGAUUACGAAAUGGAAGCAGAUGAGCUGGAACAAUGGGCUGGGAGACCAUAUCUACUACGAGUCAAAGCAGAGGAUUCUGGUGGACGAACAUUGCAAGUUCAUGCCCGAAUGAGCGAGGAGUAUACCGACAUCGUUCCAGGGCAACCUGUGUUGGGCGUUAUGUUAAGCACAUCUCCAAAGUUCACGAGUCUUGCAGCUCUCACUGAUCUCUUUGUCCCCGACCUGGCAUGCUGGAUUGGAGACUAUCCUUAUCUUAACAGAGCUGAAACAGAACAGCUUCUGGCAACUGACGAAGAAAUAUGGGAACUGCUCCAAGCAGAGUCAACAAUCAAACAAUGGUAG